GGAGGGACCAUCACCAGCAACAGCAGAAGAACUCGCCCAACGACGCCUCAGGCAGAAACUGCUCCAACCUUAACUAUGAUCUGCUGUGGGCUCCCGCUCUGAGCCGUAACGUUGCGACGCGAUGAACGUGGAAGACCGGCAAACGUUUAAGACCAACUGAAUCGAGGUGCCAGACUGAAUGUGCAGACAAGAUGCGGCCAACUUGGGGUGAUGGUGAUGGUGAUGUUGGGUGAGCAUAACUAUACCAUACCGGUAACUCACACACACACACACACACGCAUCGAAAGACAGCGGGAGAGAGAGUGAGAGAUUUCUGAAGAUGCCUAAAACAGAAGCAUUCAAAUGUGGUCCACUUUCUAAUUUGAUCGAAUAUUCGCAUAUAAAAACUGAAGUUUCUCAACAGAACUUUAGUCCAUUUCGUGUCACCAUGAAGUCACAUUGCGGAGCUGCAACUGUUAGCCUUCUGCUAUGGGUAUCAUUGAUAAGAAACGGCCACGCGGAGGGUACGCCUCCCCUGGCAGUCCUGACAGCUGGAGCUGAGGAUGGGGAACCUCCUCUGAUAGUGCUGACGAGCCCCAUAACAAAGCCAGUGGUAUCGGAGGCAAUCGAAUACGAAACAACGGAGGCAGGAACAACUAGCGAUGCUGAGUCGGAAGUGACAGUGAAACCAACCCAGCCAACACAAGCGCCUGACAAGACGAAGCCUGGACUCAGCCUCAACGCUCUCAAUGGCCCUCAGUCGUAUCUGCAGGCCCAACUCUUGUCAAUGCCUGAAAUGUGGAACAGCUCUCCCCAAUUAGCACCUGGCCCGAACUUCGACGCAACGCAACUGUCCCGUGCACCGCUGUACUAUCCGAUGCCGGUUUAUAUCCCAUAUCCAAUUUCAUUCAUGCAGAACUAUGCCCCAAGUUUGCGCAUGGCCAACCCUGAGGACCAAGUCGGAGCGAAAUUCAAUGAAAUUCUGGCUGAGACUCUCCUCAAGGACUCAGGAUUGAAUCUGAGAAAGAUCUGGAAGGACCUAAGUUCAAAUAACAUCGGGAACCGCCCUCUACCAACCAAAUGGCGGGGCAAGUUUAGAAAAACAACAACCACAACAACAACUACUUCAGAAGCACCACCAACUACAAUUUCCACAGAGCCCACAAAAUGGCGGGGCAAGUUUAGAAAAACAACAACAACUACUUCAGAAGCACCGCCAGCUACAACAUCCACAGGGCCAUAAAAUUGUUGAAAGGGAAAAGUCUAGAAUGAAAC